UGCGCUGGUAUUUUUGGAGCCUUUUUCUUUCACAGUUGGCUACACUCAGCGGAUACCUCCAUAUUAUCAUCAGAGCCCAAAGUGAAAAGCAUAUUGUGUUUAUACAAGUGGAGCAUGCUCUGUGAAUCCACUGCUGGCCCUGGUGUGUAAUCAGAAGGUCUGAAACAAGCCCGGCCCUUCUUUUUCUUUCUAUCUCAGCCCACAUGUCUGCACAGCGACAGGGAGGGGGUUGACCACAGCUUUAACUUUUCUCUUUACAACAUCACCACAUUCGGUACUUCAGCAUUUCUCUGUAUGUUUCCUUAGCACUGCUGGGGAGAGGAAACUAUAGGGAGAGACUACGCAGUUAAGCUCAUAUUUGAGCUUAUAAUAAUAUUUGGAGAUAUUUUAAACACACAAUGACUGAAGGAUUGUGAACUUUUUGAGGGUUGCACAUUUGGGAUCGCUUGUCCUUUGGAUUAAACUGGAGGGGGGGGGAUCCACUGGAGUCACUCUGAUGGAAAGAAAAGUACUGCAAGAAGUGAUCCUCCAGCAGAGUUUGUGUGCAAGAAGAAGAGCAAACAUACUGGACUUCAAUGACUUGGACUGAGGAUCACAAAAAACUACCACGACAAAAAACAUGUCGGCCCCAUUUGCCAAAACCACCUUCCAGACUUCCAACAGCUCCCUUCUUCUCACAGAGAGCAGCGAGCUGAACUUCAGCGCGACCAAUCGAACCUGUGUGGAUCACAACGCGCUGCAGAGCCUGCUGGCGGUGCUCUACACUGUAAUCUUCGUCCUGGGUCUCGUUGGGAACCUGGUGGCUCUGUGGGUUUUCUUCUGCGUUGACUCUAAGAAGAACUCAGUGCGGGUGUUUCUCAUAAACACAGCUUUCGCUGACCUGCUGCUGGUGUUGUGUCUGCCGUUCAGGAUACUCUACCACAGCCGCGGAAACGUCUGGACGCUGGCUCCCAUGUUGUGUAAUGUCGUGGGCAACCUCUUCUACAUGAACAUGUACAUCAGUGUCACGCUGCUGGGGCUCAUCAGCGUGGACCGCUACAUGAAGAUCCAUCGUGGCGUGCGGGGGCAGCACAGACUGCGGUCCACAAAGCGGAGCACCAUGCUCUGUGCCCUCAUCUGGAUUGUGUCCUUCACUGUGAUGGUGGUGUUCCUGGUGUCAAAGAGCAACCCAGAGUCGAACCGGUGUUUCCACUACAAGCAGCUGCUUGAUGCAAAGUGGAAAGCCUACAUCAACAUGGGCAUGCUGGUCCUCUUCUGGCUUGUCUUCGUCUCUCUGAUGGUGUCUUAUGGAAAGAUUGCCCUCAACCUUCUGAGAACGUCACAAGAGAAGCCCAACCUGCCCAACUCGGCCCGCUACGCCCGAACUGCCAGGAAGUCCUUCUUCAUCCUCUUCCUCUUCACCAUGUGCUUCGUCCCAUAUCACAUCGUCAGGGUGUUCUACAUCAUAACGCAGAUUAAGGAGGUGUCGUGUUUCUGGCAGGGCGUUGCAGACAAAGCCAACGAGGUGGCUUUGGUGUUUUCAGCCGUCAACAGCUGCCUGGAUCCGGUCAUGUUCUUCCUGUUGUCCUCCUCAGUGAGGAAGGAGGUGCUGCGCUUGGUGCGCAACAUGUUCUGUCUGCAAGAUUGGGCUGGAGUGAGCGGGAGCAGCUCUACGGCAGAGCAGGACGGUAAGAACGACAGGAACAGAAGACAGGCAAAUGUCAACUUUAGUGCCCAUUUGAAGGAGAGGACGGUUACUGAAUUCAACCAGACCGGGAUGUAAAGCUACUUUGAGACAAGGAGCAUCUAUCUUUCCCAAAAGUCAACGUGGCAGUAGUCUACAUGGACAAUGUUACACUUCUAGGAUUGCUACGUUGCCGCCAGAAAUUUCGUCCCGGAUGUUCGUCCCGUUCCUCUUUCUUUGUGUUGCCGUACUAACCUCCGGUGGAUUUCUGAGGACUAUGGUUACCUG